AGGGGCUACGGGACAGGUCAGGGUCCGAGCCCCGCGUGGACUGCGUGCCGAGUGGGGCUGGGGGCUCAACCUUCCCCCAUCAUCCUGCUCCUUCCCGCAGCGCCCGGACAGGGCAAGGGGGUCCCUUUUCUCCCACCUGGCGCCCUGAGCCGCUCGCCCCCGGCUCGCAUCCACCUCCAGCCUGUAAAUCAUUUGCUUUUACGAUCCCUCCUCUGGCCCAUUAUCACACGAACUUUAUAUGUUUGGGGCUGGUGGCGGCCAUAAAGCUGGCCCCGUUUCCGGGGCUGGCAUGCCCGCCGGGCAGGCAGGGUGUGAGGAGCAGGAGGAGGUUGGGGGGACGCCGCCCCGGGUCCCCCCAGCCUGGCAGGUAGGCAGGGAGGGGCGCAGCAGAGCCCCGGGGAUGCUCGGCACAGUGGGGCUGGGAUAUAGACUGUUUGCAGCCCUGGGGUCGGGCUGGAGCAGGGAGAGCUGGGAGCGAGUGGGGGGCACUGGGCUAUCACGGGGUGGGGAAGCAGGAAGAAGUGGGGUCCCAUCUCCGGUCAUUAAGUCCCCGUGGAGGACCCACAGAUCCUCUUGGUUCCUGGAGGGACAUUUGACUCCCUCUAGCCAGUGAGUCUGGGUCCAUAUCUGACCCUGCACAUGGGAAUCACAGGUCUGGGGGUGUUGGGGCCCUGGUCCAGCGCUGGGGGUGCUUCCAGGAUCUGUCUUUCCCGGGAUGCUGUGUCCAAGCCCUGAGCCCAGAUCCUGAGUGUCUGGCACUGCAGAGCCGACGGGCAGCUCCUCUCUCUGCCCAUGUCCCCAGGGCUCCGUUCCUCCUCACGGUGUCCCUUCCUCCCACCCGAGCUUGGCUCAUGGGUUUCCUCGUGCCUCCAGAGUUCCAGGUGUUGCGGAGGACUGGGAACACCUGGACUGGAUCAUCCCUUUGGCUGCUCUUUAUCUCCCGGUUCCGCUGGCUCUGUCACAGCUGCCUCCGCUGCCUCUCUCUCUCCCUUUGUGUCUCCCUGAGGUUCAAGCCCCCCAGAACCCUCACAGGGGCCUCGCUGGCCACGUGUGAAUGCCCAGGUACUGCCACAGCCCAGGUGAGCAGGGAUGGAUACCCAGUGUGAGCAGCUGCUGCCCGUCUGAAAACCAGCAUCGUCCCUGGAAUGAUCCCCCUCCCCGAUGGGAUCCGGGCACGAGGGACGUGGGAAUGCACCGAGGCUUCUCCCUGCUCUCCUCUGUGUGGUCCCAGCUGCAGGCUGAGAUUCAGGAGUCUGGGGGGCUUCAGGUCACCAGCCUGUGCUUUAGUAAGACCUUCCCAGGUGAGGAGCUCGGUGGCAGCAGGUGACAGCUCACAAGAGCUUUGCCUCUGGUCUGUUCCCAUCCCGGCUGGGUGCUCACAAACCUGCCCUGAGUCGGCCGUGCCCUCCUAAUUCACCUUGGUAUUGCUAUGAGAGAAACGGGUGUCCAAAUCACUUGGGGGUGUCCUGGGCGAGCGACUCCUCACUCUCUGUGUCUCCCUGGAUGGGGGAUCACGUGGAGCGGGGGCAGGUGGGCUCCGUGUGCAGGAAAACCCCAAAUUUGAGCAGAUCAAUCACUUUUUCUUUCCGGGGAGGGGGAUGGGAGAGACGAGAUCUUGCUUGAACAGUCAAAGUAAGUUACCUUUGCUUUUCCCUGCUCCUCAAGGUCAGCCGAGCUAAUGAAAAUCAAUCUUCCCUCUGCCUCUCUCUGCUGCAUGAGCAGAUUCUACCUGUGGCCCCUUCACCUACUUGAAAGCGGCGGCUGCCGCGGCCGCCCCGUCCUGCUGACCGUGGGUAGCGCCGGAGGGAGCUUCCUCCUGGAACAGCGUCUUCCUGCGGGGCCGGGCACGGCGACAAUAUCCGUGUCACUGAGGGAUCACUCCUUUGAUCUGCCAGAGGAGAAUGUCCUGGGGAAGCUGGCUGUGCACGGGAAGCGGGUGUUCAAUACGGAAAUCUGGGCUGGAAGAGCUGGGGAGAGCUUGUGGCUGGGCUCUGGCUUGAAACACGUGGUGUCCGUUCUCGGGGCGCUCCAGGGUAACUCCAGGCGGCAGGAGUGGGAGGAUUUUUAGAUGUGCCCUGAUGCCGCAGGGUCUCCUGGCUCCUGGAAAUGCAGCUCUCUUCCAGCGUGGCUGAACUCAGCUGUGACGAGACGAUGGACCCACCCGCUGAGGACUUCCAGCAGGUCCUGUCCAUUGACCAAAUCCGCUCCAUCCGUGCCAGCAACAACUAUGUGGAGAGACCGGCGGCCUGCUUCCAGCAAGCCCGCUCCAACCCCUCCCUGGCCCAGCCACCGCACAAGCAGGAGUGGUCCCAGGACCGCCUGGUGUCUUCCACCUUCCAGGACCUGCACCGCAGCCACAGCCAACAGCACCAGAUGCCGCCUUUGCAGCCACACCUGAGCCAUUCCAGCACGGCCAGCUCGGUCUCCCAAAGCACCACCGCCUCCGACCAGCGCCUCCUGAGCAGCCUGACGCCCUCCCACUCCGGGCACUCCCUCAUCCGGACGCAGCCCCGCGCCGGCGAGCUGAAGGCGGAGGAGUCACCGCUGAAGGGGGGCUCGGAGAAGCCCACCCUGCACAGCGGCCACCUCUUCAUCUGCGAGGAGUGCGGGCGCUGCAAGUGCGCGCGGUGCACGGCCGCCCGCAGCCUGCCCUCCUGCUGGCUCUGCAACCAGCGCUGCCUCUGCUCCCCCGAGAGCCUCCUCGACUACGGGACCUGCCUCUGCUGCGUCAAGGGGCUCUUCUACCACUGCUCCACCGACGACGAGGACACCUGCGCCGACGACCCCUGCUCCUGCGGGCCGGGGUCCUGCUGCGCCCGCUGGGCCGCCAUGAGCUUCCUCUCCCUCCUCAUGCCCUGCCUCUGCUGCUACUUUCCCACCCUGGGGUGCCUCAAACUUUGCCAGCGGGGUUAUGACGGCCUCAAACGACCCGGCUGCCGCUGCCAGAGCCACACCAACACGGUCUGCAGGAAGAUCUCCUCGUCCAGCGGCACGCCCUUCCCCAAAACACUGGACAAGCCGGUAUGACCCUCCCGGUGAGGAGAAGCAGGCUUUGCUCCUCUUCCUCUCACUCCUCCUCCUCCUCCUCCUCCUCCUCCUCUCUCCUCCAUCCCCUUCCUCCCUCGGCUCCCUCCACACUGCAGUGCUCCCCCUUACCCACCAUCACCUUCUGGGAAUGAGACGGGUGAGCUGAGGGUCUCCCAGGCUUCGUGACAUCCUGGCUGGGUGGCCGGGGGAACUGGCACCGAGCUGGGGGAAACAGUGGUUUUGCACAUGUGGGAGAGGGACAGGAGAGGCAGAGCGAGCUGUGGGUGCCCUCCCUGGCUGUAUCCCACAGGGAAAGGUGACCCAGAGGGUCUUUGGGAGUCUGCCCCCAUGGGAAGGGCGACCAGGGGGUCCUCAGGACUCUGGUCUCAGCAGGUUUAGGAGCUGCCCCACAGUGUGGUCCUUCUCCGUGGGGGAAAGAGGCAGGUCAAUGUACCCCCCGUGCAAGAGCCCUCCGGGAGCCAGACCACCUCCUCUCACUCUUUCUCCCUCUCCAGCCCUUUCCAUGGGUGGCCUUUCUCCUCUCAGGUGGCCGUAGGUCCCCUUUCCUGAGGGGCUGGAGUGCUGUGGGGUCUCACCAGUGGCAGCGCCUUCCCUCCAGGCUUGGGAGCUGCUGGGAGAAGUGAGCGAGCUCCAAAAUGAGGUGGCACUGUGUUUUUCUGUCUCAAAGAGGAAGGGAAGGUGUGGGAAGCUUUAGAAACCUUCUGGCAGGGGAAGGAGCUAUCGGAGGCAGCCCAGCCCACUCGCUCCUGCCCGACUGCAGCGAGGGAAAGGUCCCCUCUGGGAUUUGGCUGAGAACAAGGAGCUGGUUGGAAAUUGCCAUUCAUUUCUCCAGGCCUUGGAGGGCUGCCUGGGGUGGGAGCUGCCACCUGGCUCCAUCCCACCACCGAGCAGAUGCUGCAGGCACCAGCUCCAUGCUUGAAUCCCAACCUGGUACCUUCCACCAGCACUGAAUUCACUUUAAAAAAGCGCAUGGCAAAGUCAACUGUCAGCAGCCACUGCUCCGGGGACUCCCCAGCAGGGCCUUCUGUCACCCUGCUUCGGGCUGGAGGACACGGAGAGCUCGAGGGGGUGUCCAAAUUGGGGACUCCGACCUUCCCUCCCUGUAGAUGUUCUGUUUGAGUCCUCACCCUGCUGAGGGUUCUGCGCGGACAACCAGGAAUGGGUCUGGGCCAAGCCCCGGGGCUGGGCCAUCUGCAGAGCAGACGGACACCGAAUCCGGGUCAGGGCUUCGUGUUCCCUUGCUGGGAUGAUAAUAAGCCCAACUGGUUGCUGUUGUUGGAGGGCUCCUCCUAGUCCCGAGCUCAGCCCCAUCUCCACACGGCGCCAGCUCCCCUUUGUGACCCCGCUGGCACCGUGCAGGGAAGUUUGGAGUUGGGAUGGUGGCCUGGAGCUCAGCUCUGCCUGCCUGUCUCUCUUCUGAGGUGUGUGAGCACAGAGACAAGCGAAUGGUUCCCCUGGAGAAACACAUGCAACACAUCCCCUGGCUUCCCCAAGACCCUGCACCCAGGGCUCACCCGUUGCCUCCUCCCAGCCACCUCUUUCCGUAGAGUUCUGUGGAUCUAUUUUUGUACAUAUAUAUAACGUUAGGAUGGGUAGGUCUCUUACUAAUAGUAUUCAUGAUACUGCUGUGAACGGUGCCAGGUGCAAGGUUUGGCUUCCUGGUACACUUGCACAUGGUGGAAAAGAUGAUUUCCCGGUCUGUUUAUUGCUAAUCCUAGACCCUUAGUUCCUAGGUCGUCGGGAGAGGGGGAAAGGCAGGUGUAUGGAUUGUCCAGGAGGGUCUGCUCUGCAGUGAGGGGGUGGGAUUCAGUGCUGACUGUGGGGGGAGGCAGAGGUGGACUCUUCACAGUGGGAUUCCUCUUUCCAUCCAUUUGCUAUCUGAAAACCAUGGAGGAUCGAAGCUCCCUCUGUUGCAGGGAAAAGCGGAUCCAGGGAGUGAUUCAUCCCGUUUGGAAGCAUUAUUCAUGAAAUUCUGCGCUGGCAGUGCCUCACUCCCUUGACUCAAAUGGCACCCAAACAUUGAACUUGAGGUUCCCUGUGGAAGGGGGAUGAGUCCCAUUCCUGGUGGGAAGUUUGUACCUGGUGGAUGUCACGGACAUGAGCAAAAUCCUCGUCCUGAUUUCACCCAGCCCCUGAGAGGUGAUGUGGAAAGAUCUGGCCAAAGAUGGACAGCCUGCUUCCCUAAGGUGGGGGGAUCUCAGGACGAUGCUCUGGGACACAGAAGGAUCUCCUGGCAUUAGGAAGGAAGAGGGCCCCACAUCCUCUGAGGCCACCCCUGAAAUCUGGAAUUAUUUGGAUUUUAAAGCCAUGACCUUUCCAGAGGAUGCCCCGUAGGAGUGUGAAUCCCCCUAAGAUCAGGCCAUGUGGCAGCAGAUAUUAAAUAUGUUGCCAAUGUAUUUAUCCAUAUGCCAGUAAUUGCUUGGCUCCCUACUUCCAAGCCAUGUUGGGGAGAGGGGCUUCCACCAAGAGGCACCUUCCUUCGGAAGGCUUGAUUUGCUCUUCUAUUGGUGCUGAUUAAACUCCUUCUUCCUAAAAAACAGAAAAUAUUUUUAGAGAAGAAAGGUCCCCUUUUCACUGUGGAUUGGAGGAACUGUCUCCCUUGAAUGAGAAUGCGAAACAGUUCAUUGAAACUUUUUAAAGAGAACUAAUGAACAGAAUUUUCCAACUUGCUCUACUUUGAUUUUUUUUUUUUCUCCUCCUUUUUAAACGGAUCCCACUCGUAAAUUUAGUUACCACCUCUGUAUCUUUGCAAUUCAUUGCUUCCUCUCCUGAUGGUGGAAUGACUCAACAUGUGAAGCUUCAUCAUUUUCACGGCCCCCCCAAGUCAUGCGAGCGCGGGGUGACCUCCCCCAGGUGCUGGAGCUGGAGGAUGAGGAGAUGGCUGUCCACGGAGCAGCUCCCCAGAGCCAGCUUUGCUUGGCACGGCUCUUGUAGCACAUUUACCUUCAGGAAUUGGUGGGAGGCCAGGAUGCCUGCCAGGAGCCUUCCACCUAAUGGGCUUUUUCUGGGUCAGUGCAGAAGCCCCAUUUCUACCAGGGAACGGUGCCACAGCCUGGGUGAGGAUGAGGAGCGUGGCCAGGGCUCUGGAAUGUCUCAUCUCCAAGAAAUGACAAACCUGUGAGAUAUAUUUUAUGAAAUAUUGGACAUGCAGGAAAAGAGGAAUUUAAAAGCCAUGUAGAUGUGCACUUGGGGACAUGGUUUAGUGGUGGGCUUGGCAGUGCUGGGGGAUGGUUGGACUCAAUGGUCUUUGAGGGCUUUUCCAACCUAAAUGAUUCCAUGAUUCUUUGAACUGGGGAGGAGGAGGAGAGCCCCAGAUGGGCACUGAGGGCUGUCAGACCAGCUUUGGUUUGACUGAGGGCAGACACAAAGCUACAGGCAGGACUCGCAGGGGCUGCAGGAGUUCAGAGCUGUGGGGGCAGGUGGCUUCACCUGGGUUACUGCUCCCUGCUCCACCUGCAGUGCUCAGCACGCUCCCCUGCCUUGCUUUCAGCAGGCAGGAGAAGCUGGGAUGUGCCAGAAGCUCUCCAGAGGAGGCCAGCUCUGCUUCACUGAGCUCAUCUGCUGUGGGGAAAGCUGUGGGCAGCCUCGUAUUCUUUCCCUGAGCUUUUCCUAACAUCUUCUGACCAGAUCCAUCCUGCUCCCUCCCCACCUCCGGCUGCCAGACGGUUUGGUUUGCCUGCAGAGAGGACUCUGGUUCUUGUUGGGGUUGUGAGCCCCUUUCCUGCCCCACCCUCAGUGAGUCAGAUCACAUCUGCUCUGGGUGUUUGUUUGCAGCUGCUUGUCCCGGCAGUUGGGGUUUCUCUCUGUCCUGACGUGUCUUUUUUGGUUUUCUUUUGGGAGUGUCACAUGUCGAGCCCUCUGCUCUCCCACAGGGAUGGAUCCACUUCGUGAGGGAACAUUUCUGUGCUCUGUGUCUCUGCUGGUCGUGGGCUCCUUUGCCAGGGAAUGUGCAGGGCUGUGGGCAGAUGUAGACAGGGAAAGAGAUUCAGGUGCCAAAGGAGCAGGAGGCAGGAGCUGCUGAGCGUGACCUGAGCUCCCCCUGCUCCUCUCCCCAUCCAAACCUCCAAAGCUUCAUCCACACAAGAGGUUCUGCUGGGGUUUGUUCCUGGCUUCCCUUGGUCCCACUCCCCUCCUUCCCCACUGGCAAAUCAGUCCCAGCACAGGUGAGGAGGGGUCAUGGGAACCAGGCUGGAGUCUCCCUCCCAUCCCAGCUCCCAAACUCUCCUGGUGGAGGGGCAGGAGUGGUCCUCAAUAGAGAGAGAUGAGCCAGGAGUGAGGGGAGCUGCCGUGGGAUUUUGCACAGGGAAGGAGCCCACUGUGCCCCAAACUCACCACUCCCAGCACCCCUGUUAGUUCCCUCUGUCUCUGGCCUUUGGGUGUUUUUAGGCUGGAAAAACCUGGGAGGCCUUCAGGUCUGAUGUUUGUGAUCAGCAUGUGAUAAGGGCUGUGCCCCCACCCCAAAGCCCAUCCUUGGUCUUUACAGGAUCCAGCUCAGGUUUGUCUCUUCCAAGGAGCCCGCGGAGCCCAGGCCUGCAGGAUGCUCCCAGCAGCUGGACACACCUGGCCCAGGUGGGCCAAACCUGAGCUGAGACCUCUUGGGGCUCAGUCUGCUUGGGGGGAUUGCCCCGUGAGCAUCGGGAUCUCCUGCAAACUCUCUCCCAGAGUCAGGCUGGGAGCUCGUGCAGGUGGGAUCUGUUCUGCUUGGGGUGGCAUUGCAGAAGAAUCCCCUGAGGGUAGAAUCUAGGGUCUCCAGUCCCCUUGGAGGGGACUGCAGGCAGAAGAGGGAUGUUGGGUGGAUGGGAAGAGAUCACACACCUCCGUGGGGCAGAGGGAAAGCGGGGCGAGGUUUCCUGGUGGGUCUCUCUCCUGCUGCACCCCAAAGGGCUGGACCAAACCCCCCCUGGAGAGCUGGGCCCUGGGAGAGGAGGGUUCUCAGCCCUCUGUCCUAAGGUGUGUGAUCAUCCCAGAGCUGGUUCCCACCUUCCCUGCAGAGCCCCUGUCCCCCUUCCCCUCCCUCUCUCCCCAUCCCCAUCCGUUCCCUCGGGAUGCUCUCUGUCCUCCUGCCUCCCCAGGUGUCCUCAGCACAAAGUUCUCCUUGGAAGAUGCAUCACCCUGGGCUUCACAGGAGAGUCUCCUACCUGGAACUGAAGGCUCUAAUCCUAUAUUUAUGGGUACACAAAUGUUCUGUACAGUGUGUAAAGAUCCCUCCCCCGGCUCUCUCCAUUCGGGCUCCUUUCUAUAAGGUAUAAUAUAUGUUUAUAACCCGAUGACUGGUUUUUUUGACAAUAAUACUCUUGUACCUUUUAAGAGAAAAAAAAAUAAAAAACCAAAGUAUUUAUUUGAAAAGUUUAUUUUAAAGAUAAGAAAAAAAAAAUAACCUAUUUAUUUUACUGCACCCUCUUCUGUUUGGUUUCCUUCUCUUGCAAAGCUGAUAACUGUUACAGAACCACUGCUGAGAUGAAAGAAGUGAUUCUAUGGUGGCUUCACAAGCCCACUUAGAGCAACUAUUCAAUAAAAAUAUAUAUUAAUUUUGAA